UGCAGCAGCUCCUGGUUUUUCUUUGCUUGUCAUUUUCCUUCUCCCCAAACACUAGUUUCACAUUUUAAAUAUUAUUUUUGUUUUCUUCAACUUUCUUUCACCCUUUCACUUCAGUGUGUAACUUUUCCUCCCCUUUGUUUUUUUUUUCUCUCCUUCUCCUUUGGCUGAGCGUUGGAUUAGGUUAAUAUUUUCUUGGGUUUGCUUUAAUUUCAAUUUUGAACUGAGAAAGUGAAAAGCUUUCGAUUCUCAUGAGAUUAUAUUCUUCUUUACUGUUAUUGCUUGUUGAGGAGGUAUUGUUUGUGGUGGAGGAAUAAUAAGAGGAUAAUGCCGCCGGAGAGUAAAUCGGUAACUGCUGCUGAGGAUGGGGUUCAGUACUCGUUUGCCAUGGAGUACACGGGCCCGCUGCUUCAUUAUGACAUCCCACGAGCUGUUCCCAUCAACGUUGACAGUAUUCCUGUGGCGGCAGUGGUUUCGGAGCCCUCACUCUCGGAGAAACUCUCCUUACCAGUGGUCAAGCCGAUUAUGCCCUCUGAUCCAGUGGCCCUGAAGUUUUCCAGAGAGCUCAAGCCCACGGUUUCUCCUAAAUCUGUCAUCAGUUUCGAACAAAGAGCCGCCGGUAGUUGUGGCGCGUCGAAGGAUCUAGCGUCGGGGACCGAGAAAACUGUGUCUCCGACUUCCGUGAUUGCGUUUGAGGAGAGUGAGGCGGAGAAUAACCGGGAUUGCGGUUUGUCUGGGGAGUUCAGUAGCUCCGGCGGAUUGGAGUUCACGAAUGGGUGCUGUGGGCAUUCCAAUGAGUUCCUGUCCAACGCAACUGGGAGCUUGAGUACGAUUGAGUUCUCUGAUAGUUUGGACAAGUCGAGGGAGAGCUCCUCAAGUUUGAAGGUUUCAAGUGAUUUGAAUCAGGUGCCAGAUUGGGAAUCGAACGAGUCUGUGUUGAGUUUGGAUUACCCCUCCUCACGUGUCACCGGUGACUGUAAUCAUGAAUCCAAUUCCAAGCGGCCCCAGGUUGUUACUUUCGGCGAUUUAGAGUCCGACGACGGUGUUGUGGAUGAUGAUUUUGUUCAAGAUGAGAACCAGGUUGUGCGGGUCAGAAGAGAGGUCCAAAGUAAAGGGAAAAAAGGGGCUUGUUAUAGAUGCCUCAAGGGAAGCCGAUUUACAGAGAAGGAGGUUUGCAUCGUUUGUGAUGCAAAGUAUUGUAGCAAUUGCGUGCUUAGAGCUAUGGGGUCGAUGCCUGAAGGGAGGAAAUGCGUUACUUGCAUUGGUUUUCCUAUCGACGAGUUGAAAAGACGAAGCUUGGGGAAGUGUUCGAGGAUGCUAAAGAGGUUGCUUAAUGAGUUGGAGGUUAGGCAAAUAAUGAAGGCUGAGAAGUUCUGUGAAGCAAAUCAGCUGCCACAUGAGUAUGUUUUUGUGAACGGGACACCUCUUUGUCAUGAAGAGUUGGUUAUUCUGCAAACUUGUGCGAACCCACCCAAGAAGCUUAAACCUGGAAAUUAUUGGUAUGACAAAGUAUCUGGUCUUUGGGGAAAGGAAGGACAGAAGCCUUCUAAGAUUAUAACUCCACAUUUGAAUGUUGGAGGUCCUAUCAGGGUGGAUGCUAGCAGUGGGAAUACACAAGUCUUCAUAAAUGGUCGAGAGAUUACCAAAGUAGAGCUCCGGAUGUUGCGGUUGGCUGGGGUUCAGUGUGCUGGAAACCCUCACUUUUGGGUGAAUGAGGAUGGAUCAUACCAAGAAGAAGGGCAGAAAAAUACUAAAGGUUACAUAUGGGGCAAGGCUGGAAUGAAGCUCAUUUGUGCUGUCCUGUCACUACCUCUUCCUUCUAAAUCUCCGAGUCCUUUUGGAGAACCAGUGAGCAGUCUUAAUAGCAGAAGUGUACCUGACUACCUUGAGCAGAGAGCACUUUAUAAGCUUCUAUUAGUCGGAUAUAGUGGGUCUGGAACCAGCACCAUAUUUAAACAGGCUAAGAUUCUCUACAAAGAUGUCCCCUUCUCAGAGGAUGAGCGUGACAACAUUAAGUUGACUAUCCAGAGCAAUGUGUAUGGUUAUCUUGGUAUACUUCUUGAGGGUCGUGAGCGUUUUGAGGAAGAAAGUUUGGCUGAAAUGAAGAAAAAGCAGUUUGCUGAUGAAACUGACCAAAUUGGAAGUGCUGAUGGAAAUGAUGGCAAAACAGUCUAUUCCAUUGGGCCAAGGCUCAAAGCAUUCUCUGAUUGGCUUCUCAAGACUAUGGUGUCAGGCAAUUUGGAGGCCAUUUUUCCUGCUGCCACACGUGAAUAUGCACCUCUGGUGGAAGAGUUAUGGAAGGACCCAGCAAUUCAGGCCACUUACAACAGGAGAAAUGAACUGGAAAUGCUACCUAGUGUUUCCAGUUAUUACUUGGAGCGGGCUGUUGAUGUAUUAAGAAUUGAUUAUGAGCCAUCAGACUUGGAUAUUUUAUAUGCUGAGGGUGUUACGUCAUCAAAUGGGCUAGCUUGUCUGGACUUCUCAUUUCCCCAGUCAGCACAUUAUGAGAGAACUGAUUCAGCGGAUCAGAGUGACUCCUUUUUUAGGUAUCAGCUAAUCAGAGUACAUGCCAGAGGGCUUGGAGAAAACUUCAAGUGGUUGGACAUGUUUGAAGAUGUUGGAAUGGUUAUUUUCUGUGUUUCCUUGAGUGAUUAUGACCAGUUUUCAGUUGAUGGGAAUGGUAGUUUGACUAACAAAAUGUUGCUUAGCAAGACAUUAUUCGAGAGCAUUGUUACCCAUCCGACUUUUGAACAGAUGGACUUCCUUCUAAUACUUAACAAAUUUGAUCUGUUUGAGGAAAAUAUAGAAAGGGUACCAUUGAGUUGUUGUGACUGGUUUGAUGAUUUUCAUCCUUUGGUGAGCCGUCAGCGGCCCAACAGCAGCAGCAACAGCAACAGCAUCAAUAAUAGCCCCUCACUUGGGCAGCUGGCUUUCUACUACAUUGCAGUCAAGUUCAAAAGGCUAUAUUCUUCUCUCUGUGGGCGGAAGUUGUAUGUCUCACAGGUGAAGGGGUUGGAGCCUAAGAGUGUCGACGCUGCUCUUAAAAAUGCAAGAGAAAUUCUGAAGUGGGAUGAAGAGAGAGCCAACUUCAGCAUUACUGAGUAUUCAAAUUAUAGCACUGAGGCAAGCUCCUACUCUCCGUAAGGUAAGCAAACCGGUGAUAGAUAACAAGUUAACAACUUCCAUUGCCACUGUGUAUAUAUAUAUAUAUAUUGGCAUGUAAAUGAGGAUCAUUCUGCUUAAUCCAUGACAGCUAUAAGAUUUUUCUAGACGUAUUAGUUCUGAUUCUGAUUGUCAAUGGCCGUGGUGCAUUAUUUGUUGAGGCAGCGGCAUGAGUUAGUGUGAAGGAGAUGUAUCAGAUCUCAUUAGUAAGCAGACUCUGAAUGUAUUUUUCUUAUCAUGUUCACUUAACUUGGCUGUAUUUCAGUGUUUGGUCGUUUUGUU